AUGCUGGUCAUUAAAAAGGGCAGUACAAAAGAACUGCAGAUAUCUGGAUUUCCUGUAGUAGGAAGUCUUCAUUCACAGCCAGUAAAGAAUGGAGCUGGCACAAGUGUUUAUAAAGGAUUAGUCCCUAAACCUGCUACUUCACCUGCAAAGCCUACACAGUGGAAAAGCCAAGCAAAAGAAAAUAAACUUGUGAAUCCUUUUUCUCAUGAAUCUGCAUAUGGCAUUGGCAAUUUCAGUCCUUUCAAAUCAACUGCAAAGGCAUUUACUGUUUCACAGAAUUCAGUGAAAGAGUGUAGUCGGUCAAAUUCAUCAUCCCCUAUUGACAAAGUUGGUCAGCCUCGUUUAACAAAAUUGACGAGAAUGCGGACUGAUAAGAAGAGUGACUUUUUGAAAGCACUGAAACAAGGCAGAGUGGAAGAGGAACGUGAAGACAAGAAUCAUGCUGGCCAAGAGAAG